AUGCCCAAGGCCCAUGGGUUGCUAUCAGAUGAAUGGAGAGAGCAACUGCUUAGCUUGGAGCAGAAUGGAAACGCACCAUUUUUGACGCAGGGAUCAUUAGCUCAAAUUGAGGAGGCCUAUGGAGCUCCAGCAGAUGAUCUCCGAAUAUCAUACCUGCUAAAUGAAGACCAUGGACGCCUUCCGACCCGAGCUUAUUUCCAGAUCUGUGGAUUGGAUCUGCUUCGUGACGAGACGUUCUUGUGGGAGAAAUUAUUGGCAAAACAUUCUGGGACGCAAAGCAAGAUUGAUCUGUAUUCCGGACUGCCUCACGGGUUCUGGCGCUUCUUGCACUCGAAGGCUAGCUCAGAUUGGUUAGACGACCUGAUUGAAGGGUUCCGCCUUUUGCUUCUGGCUAAUGAGGGAUCAAGAGUUGCAGAAGAGGCAAAAUUAAAUGUCAAGGGUCUUUAA